CAAGGCGGUCACCUCCGCGCGCCGCUAUCACUGCGCGUAGCGCACCUGGCGCUGCCGCUAGUCGCCAUCCCCCUCACCUUCAUGCCGGGACGGAGCGGCUCCGUCCGCCAGACGGGGCCGCUCAGCCGCAUGAUGUCGGGCCUGCACUUGAGCACAGGCUCGCGUGAGGGUGCAAAGGCAGCCACCGCCGUCAGCGGCUCCGCUACUGUUGUCACGCAGUCGGCUCGCACGCAAAAUGGGACAAUGAGUCGUGCUCUGAAGGGCGAGGCGGCGGAUACGAACGAUGAGCGAUACAUGCGCCUGAAGCCUGACCACCCCGGGCUGCGGAGAAUAAACGAGCGGCCUCCAAUCUAUGUGUGUGAUGACUUCUUGAGCGACGACGAGUGCGCCGCUUUGAUGCAGGUGGCCACGCCGCUGCUGCAGCGCUCCAAGACGCACGCGGUCGCCGGCUCCGAGGCGACGCGCGGGCGGACGUCGCUGACGUGCCACCUGUCCAAGAAGGCGGACCCGUGCCCCGCCCUCCUCUCCAAGAUCCAGGCGCUCACCGGCAAGCCCUUCGACCACAUGGAGCUGCCGCAGGUCGCGCGCUACACCGAGGGGCAGCGGUACGUCGAGCACUACGACGGCGUCGACCCGCACACGACGGCGGGCAAGGCGUUUUGCGCGAGCGGCGGGCAGCGGAUCGGGACGGUGCUGAUGUACCUCAACGUGCCCGAGGGCGGGGGCGGCACCUUCUUCCGGCGGCUCAACCUCGAGAUCAAGCCGAAGAAGGGGAUGGCGGUCAUCUUCUUCCCCGGCUUCCUCAACGGCGAGCUCGACCUCGACGCGCUGCACGCGGGGCUGCCUCCCGUCGGCACAAAGUGGGUCUCGCAGGUCUGGAUCCGCCAGUCCUUCCGCGAGGACGGACAGCCGCCGCUGCACGAGGGCAUGUACCGCGGGCACUGCCUGGCGGGCGACGACGUGCACGUCGCCUGCAUGACCUUCGCCGAGGCCAAGGCGUGGGCCGCGGCGCACCCGGGCGUCGCCGGCUUCACAUUCCAGCACCCGGAGCGAGAGCCUGCGGUGCCGGUGCGCGUCUGGUUCAAGUCGCGCAUGGCGGUGCUCUACAACGAGGAGUGGUGGUCGUGCUCGGUCGGGCAGUAG